GGAAAAAUUUGUAUACUAAUGAAUAUGUGGCAAUUAAACUGGAGCCAAUGAAGUCAAGAGCACCACAACUGCACUUGGAAUACAGAUUCUACAAGCAGCUAGGGUCUGGAGAUGGAAUACCUCAGGUUUAUUAUUUUGGCCCUUGUGGCAAAUACAAUGCCAUGGUGCUGGAACUACUGGGACCUAGUUUGGAAGAUUUAUUUGAUUUGUGUGAUAGGACUUUUUCCUUGAAAACUGUACUUAUGAUAGCCAUACAACUGAUUUCCCGAAUGGAAUAUGUUCAUUCAAAGAAUUUAAUAUACAGAGAUGUAAAACCUGAAAACUUCUUAAUAGGACGACCAGGAAACAAAACACAACAAAUUAUUCAUAUUAUAGAUUUUGGUUUGGCAAAAGAAUAUAUAGAUCCAGAAACAAAGAAGCACAUACCAUAUCGAGAACACAAAAGCCUUACAGGAACUGCUAGAUACAUGAGUAUAAAUACACAUUUAGGAAAAGAGCAAAGUAGAAGAGAUGAUUUGGAAGCUUUAGGUCAUAUGUUCAUGUAUUUUUUAAGAGGCAGCCUUCCCUGGCAAGGCUUAAAGGCAGAUACAUUGAAAGAACGGUAUCAGAAAAUUGGAGAUACCAAGAGAGCAACACCUAUUGAAAUACUAUGUGAAAACUUUCCAGAAGAAAUGGCAACAUAUCUUCGUUAUGUGAGAAGGCUAGAUUUUUUUGAAAAACCAGAUUAUGACUACUUAAGAAAGCUUUUUACAGACUUAUUUGAUCGCAAGGGUUAUAUGUUUGAUUAUGAAUAUGACUGGAUUGGUAAACAACUGCCUACUCCAGUGGGUUCCAUCCAUUCAGAUCCUGCGAUAACUUCCAAUAGAGAAGCACAUCCACACAGAGAUAAGAUGCAGCAGUCCAAAAAUCAGGUUGUAAGUUCAACAAAUGGAGAACUCAACACUGAUGAUCCUACUGCUGGCCGUUCAAAUGCACCCAUCACAGCCCCUACUGAAGUAGAAGUUAUGGAUGAAACCAACUGCCAGAAAGUGUUGAACAUGUGGUGCUGCUGUUUCUUCAAGCGAAGGAAAAGGAAAACUAUUCAACGUCACAAAUGACUUUGGAGGAAAGCAGACGGCGUGGAAUUACUCACUUACUCAUCUGCUAUAUCAUGAUAAGUCAUCUCUCUAGUUACCACACAUUUUUCCAGCAUCAUCUUUAAGUGAGAAGAUUCUCAUACUUAAUUUGAUUUGGUGGUUCAGCAUAUUUUUAAUUUGGAUCAUCUCUCCUGGAAGCUUUAAUGCUGUGUCAACAUAAAAGUACCUUUUGAUCACCAAGAUACAAAAAAAAUGCUUUUUUUUUCCUCAGAAAAAUUGACUUAGAAACAUUAGCAGUGAUUAGCUGAAGACCAGAUAAUUUAUAAACCUGGUAUUUGCUAAGGUUUGGGGAAUGCCAUACUGAAAGUGAUUAAAAGAGACAACACUGGAAAUAAAGCUAUUAUUGUCCAAGCAUUUAAAAUAUCUUGCUUUAAGAUUUCUUUUCUCAGUAAUAGGUUUUUUUAAAAACUUUUUUUCCAGUUGUUGCUCUGGUGGUACUACAUUUGCAAACUUGCCACUUAAAAUUAUUACAAAUAUGGUAGAGUCACUGCCUGGUGGUACUAAGACAGAAGCUAGAUGAAUCAUUUGAAGACAAAGCCUAAAUGCUGUGCUUUCUAAGGGAGGAGGUGUAUCAGUGUUUGUAAAAUCUGGGCUUUCAAAUCUGCUUUUGUUGUACCUCUAGUUGAGAUGCAGUGUAGUUAAAGUGGCAAUAGUGCUUGUACUGAAAUGCAAAUAUUUGUAUAAUGCAAGUUGUGCUUCCAGUUAUGUAUGACAUCAAUGCUGAAACAUCAACUGAAAGUUGCUUAAGGGUUAUAAAACCACACUACUAGGAAAUUACUGCAAACAUGUAGAGUGGGAAAUCACAAAACGUUAAUAAAAAAUUAUUGUUGAAUGACAGUUUUAAAAAUGAAGGUCUGGAUGUGCCAAGUAAUAAACUGAGGUAUGUAUAUUAUUGAUUUAAGAAAGGAAAAUGGAAGUGGGUUAACCAUAAUGUUCCUUCAGUGAAUGUUAGCCUGUGGUUUAUGAUUGCCGCUGGGGGUUUCUAGAACAUUGUUACAUUUCAACAAAAUACUGCAUCACUAAAAUACAGCUGAUUGGAUUGAUUAGGUACUUUCCUGAUAAUUCCUUAAAGUGCCUGUGUUAUGAAAUAACAGUUCAUUAGAAAAAGCAGUUCUUUCUCUUCCUCCUUCUCCCUUCAGUUUGCUUUGUUUAAAGCCAUAAUGACAGAAGCGUAUGUUUAUCAUGUUAAGCUGCCAGUAUCAUAAGGAUUUGAGUAAAGAAAAUAAAAUGGCUAGACAGAUUUGUUGACCAAAAUGCAAAUUAUGUGUCUUCUUAUAAAAAGGGUUUCCUAAAGCUAACUUUUGUCUAUCAGUGCAUGCCUUUGGGCAUAAUUAUUUAUUUUUAAUAUCUUAUGGUAACAUUCAAAAUGUGUAUUAAUUGAUAAAUGCACACCAGUUGAAUUCAUUAUUGCAUUUACAGGGAUUGUUUUAUAAUUUAUUUUUCUUAACUGCCAAACUGCAGUGUGUUAUCUUGAAUUAGGCACACAUAUAAACACAUUGUGUAAAUUUGGCUAUUGUUAAUCACUGUUUCUGUUAGUGUAAUAAAUUCUCAAUUUACCAACUUGAUCUGACCAAUAAAAGCAUAAAUUAGAUGAUUUAGUAAAAAAGUUCCACUUGACCGUUUCAGCUGAUUUUACUUUAAGCACUAAAAGAGGCUGAUUUUUUUAAAAGAAGAAGGUAGGUGGUUAACGCCGCCUUUGCAGUAUUUGACCAAAUUUCUUUUCUCUAUUAUAUUUGUAAAUACUUGCAAUAUAUUUCUUAUCAUACACCUAGCCGUUUCAUUUUCAAGGUUUUCUUUGCCCUGUACAGUGUUUAUAUGAUCUGAAUUCCUUACACAUAACACUGUGUAUAUUAAUCCAGUUAUGAUGAAGAUUAAAUCAAUGUAAAGCUUGUUUGUUUUCUGCAAAGACUGGAAUCUAGACAUUGCUGUUGAGCAAUAUUUUAAGUACACCAUUUUAAUGCUAAGGAGAAUGUUCUCACAAACGACUUGGUCAGUAGAAAGUUACACAGUUGUGUUCAGGUUAAAUCAACAAUGUCUCCAUUUAUAUGCUUUUUCCCGGUCUAAACUAAUAAAAUCAACAUUGCCUGAAUGUAUGAAUAAUAAAACACAUCCCUGUUUAAAAAUA